AUGUGGCAAGGGAAAACUAGCCAACCCUCAGACAAUAAACGCACUACUUCAACUGGCUUUAGAAAAGAAGAAAAAAAUGAUUUUACAGGAAUUGCUCUCUAUAAACUUCUAAACGACUAUGCUUUGACUGAUGAACAGUUGAAGGAAAAUGGUUUCCCUGAACCAAAACCUGAGAAACCUGGCAGUGCUGUCCUAUGCAGUGGAGCCGUAAAAGCAGCCUUAUCUGACUCUUCCAGAAGAAUUUGUUGUCGAUGCGGAGAAAUAUAUACUGUAACUUCAUCAGGAAAGCAUGUUCGGAAAGAAGAAUGCAGCUACCAUUCUGGUAGAGUAUUGCGGCAUAAAGUUCCGGGUGGUUUGGAAACACGUUACAGUUGUUGUGAAGGAGUGGUAGGAUCUCCUGGAUGCCAGGUUGCAAAGCUCCAUGUUCAUGAUGGCAGAAAAGAAAAUAUAGAUGGCUUUGUGAAGACUUUCAUCAAACCACCUCCACUUGAUGGAAAUCAUGGUGUAUUUGCGUUAGAUUGUGAAAUGGUAUGCUAAGUUAGGAUCCUUUUUAAAAAAUACAAUUUAAAGUGCAAUUGUUUUCCUGGCAGUAUAGCUUAAGUACAGAUGUUACCUGUACUAUUUUUCUAGAAAAAGAGGUGCCGGAACUCACCUUAUUCUCUUAGAAUGGCAAUGGCGCCCUCCUGAGAGGUGCUGGAACUGAGCUCCAACGGAAAAAAGGCACUGGAUGCUACUCUCAUCAGUUGAGAAAUGUAGAUCAGACAGGACAGGCUGACUUGAGAAGGAAAAACUGCCUCAUAAAAUGCACCUGCUUUUGUUGCUCUCCUGAAUUGUAAUUGGGAAUUACAGUGGUACCUCGACUUACAAAGACGAUCUGUUCCACGGCCGUCUUCGUAAGUCGAGGUUUUCGGAUGUUGAAGUGUGUGGCUGGCGCAUGCGCAAAGGGCAAUUUUGUGCUUCUGCGCAUGCGCAGACCGGACACGCGGGGUGAAAAGACUUCCGGGGUUGUCGACUUCGGAAGUAGAAGCGUUCGGAUGUCGAAGCGUUCGGAUGUCGAGGUAUGACUGUAUUUUCAUGGUUUUUAUUCUGAUUGUAUCUAACCCUGGUGUUGC